ACUCAUUACAGUCUCUUCAAAUUGGCUCUACUUAGUGGAGACAGUUUUAUUGAUUUGGUGGUUGUGGUUAGUGACGGAUCUUCGGUGUCAGUAUGAUCUCUACCAUUAAGGAUAGUUGUUUCAGGAUACCGUAAAAUUGAAGCCCUCACUCAAGAGUAUGGAUAUUGAACAAAUGUUGACUCCGGAAGGGAUCCAGCGAGAUGUGGAAUCUUUGAAAGAGUGGAUGUCCAAAGAGCCACAUCUGCCGAAGAUUGAAGACGAAGAAUGGAUCAAAACCUUCUUGCACCACAACAAGUAUAGACUGGAGAAGACUAAGAAGAAAAUAGACAACUACUACUCCUUUCGCAGCAAAUAUCCAGAGGUUCUGAGAAAUCGAGACCCACAAGGGAAGGAUAUUAUCCAAGCACGAGAAGCAUUCACUAUUUGUUUAUCCGAUAAAUGGACCAAGGAGGGCGAACGUAUUGUCUUCAUGAGACCGAGCCAAGACACGAGCAUCUUCGAUAUCAAGGACAAUCUGAAACUUUUGUUCAUGAUCACGGAUCUCUACUAUCUGGAGCGAGACCGGCAUCAACACUCCUUGACAAUUGUAGACUGCUCGGAGCUGAGCUACACGCACUUCCUCAAGUCUCUUCCUUGGUUAAAAACCGGGAUGGAGAUCUUCUUCACGGCCUACUCGGACAGGCUCAAAGCGUAUCACGUCAUCAAUGCUGGGCCCGGUAUCGACAGGGUUUUGAACGGCUUCAAGAGUUUUCUCCCGAAAAAAAUCGCCGAGAGGUUCUUCGUCCAUCCCUCCACCAAGGAUUUAGUCCGCAUGGUUGAUGAGAACGUCGUUCCCUGUGAUUUGGGGGGCAAGGGCCCCCGUUUGGCCGAAUAUGAUGAUUACACGGCGAAGCUUUUGGAAAAACACAGGGAUUGGUACUUGACACAGGAUGUCGUGGCAUCCAACGAGGAUAUGCGUCGAAAAGCCCACAAAAUGGACGAAGUUGAACAAAUGACGGGAUCCUUUAGGAAAAUUGAGGUCGACUAAACAACUUCAACUCCGUGGGCCCUUCAACGAUGACCACCACUUCAAUCUCCCUUUCCCCCGCAACCUCCAUCCAUCAACCCUCCUCGACAAACUCGUCUACUAAAGUUGAGUACUUUUCAUCAAAAUUGGUGAUAGGAGAUGGUUGGUUUCCGUGAUUUAUAAUUUAGAGUUCCUACGUUGAAAUUUAUAGUGGUAAAAAAUGUUUUUUUCUUGUCCCAACGAUUCGAACGAUUUUUCUGCUCAACGAUAUUGUAAUUAAUUGGUGCUGAAUAAUUUCUCGAAGUACGGAAUCUAUUUAAUAAUUGUUCAUGUAAAUAUUAGUGUAAAUAAAGUAUCCAGAAUGGGAAAUUUUUUCCAA